CCAAGCCCUCAAUCCCCUCCUAUUCUCCUCACGGCUUCGGGUCGGGCACGCACAAAUCACCACUGCCUCGCUGUCGCUUCGACGGCCGACGAGCGACGACCCUAGCCGCGCCGCCCACCUCUGCGACCGCGACUAGCCGGAGGCGGCAGACAAGGGAGAUUCGGAGAGGAGUCCCAAGGCCCAAGCUGUACCUGCGUGCGUCGCACCAGGCAGCAAGCUGAUUGAAGGGAGCAAGCUGAUUGAAGGGGGUGGAGAGCAGGGGAGACGCGAGGGGGGAUCUGCCCAAUCCAUGGAGGGGGAGGCAGAGUAGGCCAACGGCGACCUCCCCGAGUCCCCGUUCGUGGCUGGUCAAGCAAGCCGAGCAGCUAGCGACGAGCUCGGCCAAUCGCCUGGACACUCGUCCCCUCCCGUUCCUGACCUGACCCGCAAAUCAAACGGGGGUCCAGGCGGCCUCGUCAUCCCCGACCCCUAGCCCCUUCUCCCGCCGACCUUCGGCCUCCGCUGCGCUCCGGCUGGAUAGUGGGAUUGCUGAUUUGGGAUAAUCUGGUUCUUGCUGAUUGAAUCGAGAUGUCUGGAAAUGAUGAUAAGUCCCAGGCUGCAGCAGACAAGAUAAAAGCAGCCACAUUAUCAGCGGCUAAGGGAUUGAGCAGGGCUCAAGCUGAGCGCGCUGCGGCUGCUGCAGCCCGCAAUGUCAAUGCCUAUGGGCAGAAGGAAGAGGGGCCAAGUCGCUGGCAGGAGAGGAAGGAAGCUAAGAGACAGAUGUAUCUGAUGAGUACAGAGAAGGCUGCGAUACUGGGUACCGUGAAGCCAAAAGCUUCAGAAGCUUCUUCUGGUGGGGCAUAUACCCAAUGUCAGAAGUGUUUCCAGCAUGGUCACUGGACCUAUGAGUGCAAAAAUGAGCGGGUAUACAUGGCACGUCCCUCCAGAACACAGCAGCUUAAGAAUCCCAGGUUGAAGAAAAGUGUACCAGUUUCUUAUCAGUUUGAGAAUCCUGAUCUUAUAAAGGAGAGGGAAGCAGAGAAGAAGUUGAUGGAAGAAAAAAGGAAAAAAGGAAAAUCUGAAAGAAGAAAGGGAAAGAGCAAGAGGAAGCACCGUUCACCUAGUGAUUCUGAUAGCAAUAGCAGUGAUGCUUCAGUGUUUGACUCUGACUCCGAAUCAUCAGUGAUUGCCUCUGAAUAUUCCUCCAGAAGCAGUUCAAGUUACAGCUCCUCGGACUCAGAGGACAAGAAGCGGCAUCACAGGAGGAAGCAAAAGAAGAGAAGGCACCGGAGGAACAGCACAUCAUCGGCUUCGUCUGAAUCUGUAUCUGCAUCAGAUAGUGAUUCUGAUGACAAGGGCAGCAGGAGGAAGAGCAAAAGGCGGAGCGGUAGGCGCUGAGUUUGAAGAACUGGAAAAGCAAUGCAGAUGUCAAGUAUCAUGAUAUACUUAUGUUGGAUUUACGAGUAUCUUUUCAUCACCGUCAGACCUGCAUGUGCUGGGCGUUGUCCAGGAAACAAAUGUAGCAUUGCUUUCCUGACUGAUAUUUUUCCUUGUACUAAUAAGUGCCUAAAGGUCCAGGUGUUCCUAUUCUAUGGUAUUUGUGAGAACCAUUAAACAAUAUUCGCCUAUGAAUUUUUUGAGUUUGGCGUGAUUAUCUUCCACACA